CCGAGCAGCCUGCAGAGAAGAGAGAGAGUUGAUUUAUCUAUUUAUUGAACUUUUAUUGUACCAUUUGAGUCUCUGACAUUUAGGGUAAAAAUGGUGACCUGUGGAACUCUGGUGAAGAUCUGGACAUUAGCCGUCGUCAUAGCAGCACUGGGCUGGACUGGGACAGUAGAUGGAGAGAAGCUGGUGUCGUGCUGUAAGACAGUGUCUAGGACAGAGGUGACCGAUCCCAUCACAGGCUACUGGAUUCAGAACUAUAAUGCUCCUUGUGUACGGGCCGUCAUCUUUGAGACGGAGAAGGGUCUGUUCUGUAGUUACCAUAAACAACCCUGGGUACGCAGCAAGAUUCAGCAGUUUGAAAUGGCCCGUCUGAGCUCAACAUUUCUCUCGCUCUCCUCUCCAACCUCUCUCACCUCCACCUCCACCCCUACCACGACCUCCUUAACCUCCUCUCCUCCCUCCAUCAACUCCUCUCCACCCUCUCUCACUUCCACCAGUACCUCCUUAACCUCCUCUCCUCCCUCUCUCACCUCCACCCCUACCUUCUUACCCUCCUCUCCUCUUUCUGUUUUCUCCUCUCUUUUCCCUCUUUCCUCCUCUUCUCCAGCCGUACCUUCCUCUCCUCCCUCUCUUUCCUCCUCUCCUUCCUAUCUCCUCUCCUCUCUUUUCCCUGCCUCUUCCUCUCCUCCCUCUAUCUCUUCCUCUCCUCCCUCUUUCUCCUCCCCCCGUCAUCGGGAAUCGACCAAGAAUGCCUCAACUCAACAGUCAACAUCCAACCAAUAGAAUCUUUGCCAAUGGCUGAAGCUCCGCUGAUGUUCAAAACUUCCAAUAUGCAUAUUACAUAUUCAUAUUGAAUAUCUUAUUCAUAUUGAUGUUUUUCAUAGUCUGAUUAUCUAGUUAUACUUGAACUCAGUUGCCAUAAUCAUGUUCAAUGGGUUGUUAGAGUUUUUAUCAAUUAUAUUUAAGACCAGUAUUGUAUGUGUUAAUUUUUUUAUUUAUUCAAGUACUUAUGGGGGCUUGUAGAACAUUUUUGAUGUUUAGAUGAAUAGGUUUAUAUUUGGCUGUUUGUAAUUCAUCAUG